CUCUACGGACGACUAGAGUCUCAACUCUCAAGUAAAGGCCGCCAGCCCCAGUUUCGACAACCGCCGGCGCCGAGUCUCUGGCCGAUUCCUCCUGCUCGCCACGACGCCGAUCGGAAUCUUCAAUUCUUCACUCUGCCAGUUAAAUCGUUUUGGCCACCAUGAUACUUGGUUGAAAGAAUUGUAACUAACAUCAAAAGGAUGGAUAAAGUUAUUUUAGGCAUGCCAGGACCAUGGGCUGAUGAUAUCUAUGAAGUAGCUGAUCAUUACACCAAUAAAAUUGGUGGACUUCCAGACUGGCCUUUUUCGGUUAGCACAAUAAGGUCUCAUCUGCUUGAGUGCAGUGCUUGUAAAAACAGUCUAUGUCUCCUUGCACAGGUUUAUGCUCCUAUUUCAAAAAAUCAUAUUAGUAUUGAAGAACGGGUAAUUUAUAUUUUUGGUUGUGCUGCAUCAAAAUGUGGGAGCACACCCGCAAGGUGUUUUAAAAUCCAAUUCCAGCAUAGAGUUAAGCAAAUGAUGUAGUUGUUGUGCUGAUUAGAUGUACUUGUUUUAUACAUUCUGCUUUCCAUAUAGCUGGAGAGCUCUUAGAGUUCAGAAAUCUGUUAGUGGUGAAGGAUCAAAAUUCCCCUCUGAUGAUGAUACUGCCCCUUUACCUGAAUUUUCUGUUUCCACUACAAAUAAUGACUGGAAAAAGGAUUUGUGGAGUUUUGAUUCUGCUGAAGAGGAGGAUGCUGAAAAUCAUAUAGACUUGGAAGAAUUGAGUAGGGCAUUUUCUGAGGCUGCUAGCCUGGCCUCUCAUUCCAAGAAGAAAAUUCGCGAUCAUGAACGUAAUGCAAAACUGUUGUUAUUAGGCCACACAUCUCGAGUAGUUGAUGGAAAAAAACCAGUGAUGCCUUGUUUCUAUAUACAUGCGGAGGAGGAGAAGUUCUCAAAAAAAUCACUGCCUUAUAUCAUUGAACGAAAUGUUGAAUUUGGUAAUUCAAAUGAUGAAGUGUGGGAAGAGGAGAAGUAUGAAUAUGACAGUGCACUGAAUGUAGACAGGACUUUCUUUAAAUUCAAAAAGCGAAUAGAUGCAUACCCACAGCAAUGUUUCAGAUACUCAUAUGGCGGAAAGCCACUAUUAGCUUCUGCAGAGCAGUGUGAUCCUGGGAAAUGCAGGUUGUGUGGUGGAUCUAGGCACUAUGAAAUGCAGUUGAUGCCCCCAUUGUUAUAUUUUCUACAUGAAGCUUGUAGUGACAAACUGAAGCAAUCUGUGGAUAAAUGGAACUGGGUGACUUUAAUUGUGUAUACGUGUUCCAAGAGCUGUUGGGACAUUUCAUCUGAAGGAAACUGUGGCAAAGAUGAUGGGUGGACGGUAGCAGAGGAGGCCAUUGUUGUACAGUAUGAAUAGAAUGCCAAAAUUAGUGCCAAGAAGUAAUACAAUACUUUGACUAUAUAUAUAUAUAUAUAUAUAUAUAUAUAUAUAUAUAUAUAUAUUUUAUUAAAAGGAGAUAUUUUAUUAAAAUGCAAAAAAGAAAAGUACAAAGAAGGAAGGACUAGGCCAAUGCCCCUCUAGAAUUGCAAGAAAGGAAAAAAAAAAACCGAUUGAAAAAAAAGGAAAUUGAGUGAAAACUAAAGGAAGAAGAUCAUUCCCAGAUGAUAAACCCCGGGUGUUGAUCGAGAGAGAGAUUUCUCGGCAUUAUUUUCUUCGGUCUUUUCCCAUCAGUGCCAAUUGGACCAACAGGCCCAACGUACCAAAAGGGUCCAGAAUAAGUUUUUGUAGUAACU